CUAAAUUAAGGCAAAGGCAAAGGCAAAGCAACAAGAGAAGCAAAAUCUCUCUGUCUCUCUUGGCAGAAUCCAAAAUUAAGCGAGAGCAAAACGAAAAACAGAGAUUUUCAAUCUGUCAAAGUCCAAGAUGAACCAGAAGUACACAAAGAUUGAUUCGUCUUCUUCCUUAUCUCUUAUCCCGAGAAACUAUCUACCCUUUCCACCCGCCGAGACGGCGGAGUUGGAUGUGGGUGAGGGAAGACGACGAAGAAGUAAACAAAAAAAAAAAAAAAAACUGAGGGUUUGAAAGCAAUUCAUCGAUGUUAUUCUCGAUUCGAUUACCCAGAAAUCGCAGAAUUGCAUAUGGAAAGUCUUCUUCUUCCUCUGAACGUUGUUUCAUGAUCGAAGACUCUCCGUUUUCUGAUGCAAUUUUCUGUUUCGAUCGCUCAUUUCCUCGCGUGGGUUUCAUUCCUUGUUCUACUAGCCACGGCGAGCUCUUUUUCUUCGAAAUCUCUCCUCGUCUGUCAACCUCAAGAUCAGCAGCCUGUAAACCCUAGACGCCACGCCGACUUUCUCCGAGCAAUGUCUCCCGUCAGCGAACUCAUAACCGAACGCAAACUCUGGGUCGAGUCUUCCCUCACCGACGUAUCUCCACCCAUCUACGUGUUUCUACAGUGCCGCGAAGACCUCUCCGCCUCCGAUUGUCGCAGCUGUUUCAGCGAGAGCAAAUCGGAGCUGGAGAGGACAUGCCUGAGCUCCAACUCCGGCCGAAUCCAUAGCGACGGCUGCUUCUUACGGUUCGACAACCGAGAUUUCUCAGAGGAGUUCGUCGACCCCAGAUUCGACCGGGCCAGGUGCGAGGGAACGGGUUCUUCAGGGGUUGGAGAGUUCUGGAAAGACCUCGACGAGGCCUUUGUCAAUGUGACCCUAAAGGCUGUGAGAAACGGAGGAUUCGGCGCCGGUGGAAGCCCGUCGGUUUACGCUCUGGCUCAGUGUUGGCAAACACUUGAUGAGAACUCGUGUCGAGACUGCUUGGUGAAUGCUAGGUCGAGCUUGAGAGCUUGCGGCGGACAUGAAGCUCGAGCCUUUUUCACUGGGUGCUACGUCAAGUACUCUACACACAAGUUUUUCGACGAUGCUGCUGAACGUAAGCCCGACGAAGAUCAAGAAAGCUUCAUACAUUCAUCGUUUCUUCCAGAUUUGAGUACUCAGGAUGUGAUGAAACUAGGAUUUGCUCUGAUCUCCUUGUCGCUUCUUACCUCUCUUGGCGCCUACAUCAGUUACACACGGUUCUCAAGGAAAAGAAAAGCUGAAAUCCCAUCGUGUUUGAAUUUCAAAUACGAGAUGCUCGAGAAGGCAACUGAGUCUUUCCACGACUCGAUGAAGCUAGGCCAAGGAGGUGCGGGUUCUGUAUACAAAGGGAUUCUUCCUGAUGGCAGAACAGUCGCAGUCAAAAAGCUCUUCUUCAACACUCGGGAAUGGGCGGAUCAGUUCUUCAACGAAGUGAAUCUCAUCAGCGGAGUUCAACACAAGAACCUUGUGAGACUGCUUGGCUGCAGCAUCGAAGGUCCCAAAAGCCUUCUUGUCUACGAAUACGUUCAUAACAGAAGCCUGGAUCAAAUCCUUUUCAGUGACGGUUAUUUGGCGCCAGAGUAUCUGAUCAAAGGCCAAUUAACAGAGAAAGCUGACGUUUACGCAUUCGGAGUUCUUGUCAUAGAGAUAGCAACUGGGAAGAAAAACAAUGCAUUCACGCAAGGAACUAGCUCGGUUUUAUACUCUGUAUGGGAACAUUUUAAAGCAAACACCCUGAAUCGGUCGAUCGAUCCACGAUUGGAAGGGAAGUUCACAGAGGAAGAGGCCUUAAAGGUUCUUGAGAUGGGAUUGUUGUGUGUUCAGUCUUCAGUAGAACUGAGGCCGUCGAUGUCUGAGAUAGUCUUGAUGUUAAAGAACAAAGAUUGUAAAUUUGAAUGUCCAAAACAGCCUCCGUUCUUAAGUGCCAGUGUUUUAAUGCCAGAUGAGGAGACUAGAGUCUGAUAGUAUCAGUUUCUUUAGGAUUUUAAGUGUUUGUUGUGUCUUUAUAAAUGGUCAACGAAGAAUUUUUAAGUCAUUCUCUUCUCUUUAUUCUUAUUAUCUUUUUUGAUAUGAAGCUCAACACAAAUGAUUUAUAAGUUUAAUAUCUCACCUUCUUCACCCUACUACAUCUA